GAAAAAAUUGUAAACAACUGAUAUAGUAACCUACCUAUUCCUAUAUAUAUAUACCUUGGAUUUAUUAGUUUUAUUUAGUAAUCGCGCUUCGUAAUGAAUCAAAUAAUUUUUAUAUUUACUUUAAGUUUUAUUCUAAAAAAUAAAGCUAGUGAAAUUAUAGACGGCCUAAAUCUUCUUGUAAAAACUGAUGAAGGAUUAUUAAUGGGACAUAUUGUAAACACAAAGACAAGUAUUUUUAUUGCUUGGCAAGGUAUACACUAUGCCAAACCUCCAAUAAAUGAAUUAAGAUUUAAGAAACCAGAGCCUAUUGAUAAGUGGAAUAAUAUUCUCAUAGCCAAUAUCAGUUGUAAUCAAUGCAUACAAUCAGAUGGUAGUGGAUCUGAAGACUGCUUAUGUGUUGAAGUGUUCUCUCCUAUCAAUAAUAACUGCCCAAAUGUAUUACCAGUAAUGGUGUGGAUACAUGGAGGAGCAUUCAUUGAGGGUACUGCUAACAUAAAGUCAUUAAAUCCUGAAUACAUAAUGAGAGAAUGUGUUGUAUUAGUUUAUGUACAAUAUAGACUUGGUAUUACUGGUUUUCUUAGUUUGGGAAAUGCUGAAGCUCCUGGAAACUAUGGCCUUAAGGAUCAGGUUUUAGCUUUGAAAUGGGUAAAAAGAAAUAUACGUUCUUUCAAGGGUGAUCCAAAUGAGGUAACAAUCUUUGGUGAAAGUGCUGGAGCAGCUAGUGUUUCAUAUCAUCUAUUAUCACCAAUGUCAAGAGGAUUAUUCCAUAAAGCGAUAAUGCAAAGCGGCACUAGUUUAUGUCAAUGGGCCCUUACAAGAGGAAGUCCUGAGUUUGCUUUAAAUCUUGCCAAAAAAUUUAAAAUUAACAGUAACAAUUCUAUUGAUAUUCUUCAAGAGCUUAGGAAAGUUCCUGCUAAACAACUACAGAGAGCUGCAACAGUUAUAACCGAAGAAAAAUUAGUAAUUGGUAAUGCUUUGGAUGGCCUACCGAUGGGUCCGGUUAUUGAGCCUUUGAUGGAAGAAGCUUUUAUGACAGGCAGAAGCCAGGAUAUGUUAUCAAAAGGAGAAUUUGCUAAAGUCCCUACUAUUAUUGGUCACAAUUCUUUAGAAGCUUUAAGUGCAUUUAGUUCCAAAGAUAUAUUAAUGAUGUAUGUACAAAAAUACGAACACAAUAAAGCAGAGCUAACACCCGUGUCAAUGAAUGCCUCAUCAAAUAAUAAAUUUAUUUCUGGAAAUUUGAUUUACAAUAGGUAUUUUGGAACGGAACACAUGACCAUGAAUAACUUACCACAGUUUAUAAGCAUGGACCAAUUCAAUAAAUGUGUUAUCAAAACCAUACAAUUACAAGCUCGAUAUGUCGAUACAUAUUACUAUGUGUUUUCUCAUAUGGGACAAUUGGGAUAUCCUGGAGUACGACCCCACAAUGGUGUUGGACAUGCCGAAGAUGUGCCAUAUAUUUUUGGUAGAGAAGGAUUAACAAAUAUAAAAACAGCAGAUCUCUUAGCUAGCCGAAGAAUUGUAAAAUUGUGGACAAAUUUUGCCAUACAUGGGACUCCCACACCAAAAUUUGAUCUUAUUCUUCAGGGUAUAAAAUGGCCAAAAGUUUCCAGCAAUGGCUUAUUACUUCCGUACUUAAAUAUCAACAAUACCUUAAAUGUAGCUAUCGAGGAUCUUAAAGAUAUUUUUUUCUAUGACACUUUGUAUAAGUUUUUGGGCCGAGGCUCAUUCGAUUGUUACUAAUAUAUAAAUUAUAUACCAGUUAUUUUAUGAACAAGAAUCUCACAAUCAGUAGUAAAAGGGUACCUAAUAUUUGUGAUAAGUAUUGUUUUAGAAAAUAAAAUUUAGCAGGGUAGUGCGAAAUAUGAAUAUUUUUAUAAUUAAAAAUGCCUGUAUAUAGAAAACUUGUGUAUGAUAAAAAUAAAUAUUUU